AUGUCGCGCUGGGGGUUUAGAUGGUUUAAGCUUUUUCUCAACCCGUUCAAAAAUGACGAUUUCGAACAUAUCAGUGUACGUAUCUGCACCCUGGUGCUUCCAAUUUCCAUAUUGAUAUCCAGAUACAGGAAUCAGACCGCAGAUUGUAUAUCCUAGGUCGACUCGAGGAGGCCGAGCCAUCAGAAUGGUCAUGGGUUGUCGUGGUUGCGGGAGUUGGCUUUUUCACAGACGCAUAUUCUAUCUUUGCUAUAAAUAUGGUUAUCCCGAUACUGGGAAUAAUCUACUAUCCGGGGGCUCCCAAUAAUGGAAUAAUGACCGCCAGCCACGAAACAGCUCUCAGCGUUCUCACACUUGGUGGAUCGAUUAUCGGUCAAGUUGCUUUUGGGAUUGCUGCUGAUAUUUGGGGGAGGCGUAAAAUGUACGGACUGGAAUUGAUCAUCACUAUUGCCGCCACACUAGUAAGUAAUGAAACCGCUUUUUUUGACAAAUAACGGUCUUUUGACGAGGAAACUAGGGUUGUGUCAUGGCGUCUAACGGAGUUGCAAACUCUAUGUCUCUAAUAGUAUGGCUGAUGGUUUGGAGAUUUGUUCUUGGUAUUGGAAUUGGCGCUGAGUAAGUUGUCCCUCUAUUCAUGCAAUCAUUAUGAUUCUGGGAAUGAGAAAAAGCUCUUAUUAACCUCCUCUUUAGUUAUCCUUUGAGUGCGGUCAUUUGUUCCGAGUAAGUCUACCCAAUGAGGGGACUGAGCUUUUUUAACGAUGUUACAGAUUCGCUCCGACACGUCUACGGGGCAAGAUGUUGACGGUUGUUUUCAUGUGUCAACCUCUUGGUCAACUUGCCGCUACUUUAGUUACUCUGAUUGCAAUGGCAAAUCAAAAAAGCGGAAUCCCAGCUGACGCCAAGCGGGAUAACUGUAAUACUGAAUGUCUGAAAACACUGGAUUCCAUAUGGCGUUGGAUUAUAGGGGUUGGUGUUAUCCCAGCUGUCAUAGGUACAAUACCACAUCUCCAAAAAGUCUUGAUUCUGCCUCGAGCUUCAAAAUCUCAGCUAUGGUAACUAACAAAGAGCAGCAUUGUGGUUUCGCUUGACAAUUAUUGAAUCACCCCGAUACACCGCAGAUGUCGCUCGUGACAGUAAAAAGGCGGCUUCCGAAUUACAAGGAUAUCUCUUAUCACAAGCACAAGCCGCAUCAUCGACAUCUAUAGGUAUUGCCGGAAUGGAACACAAUGCACAUAGGCUAAGACGUACAACAUCUGGCAUAGCCUCCGUCGCUUCUGGAGAGCAACAACGUAUUUCGGGCACCUUUAGCGAGAACAACAACGCACGAGAAUUUGAUACGGCCUCGAACCGAACAUCGAUCGCUAGUCAACAGGACAGCAGAGAUUUGGAACCUGCAGAAGAGAGUAUACCACCGCCAGAGCCUUCCUGGCAAGAGUUCAAACAAUACUUCUGGAAGGAUGGAAAUCUCCGCACAUUGAUCGCAACAUCUUUUUGCUGGAUGGCUAUAGACCUACCUUUCUAUGGAUUGGGCAUGUCGAGUCCUCAUAUCAUCAAUGUCAUCUGGUACGGGAAAGAACCGAAGGACCAUUUUAUUUAUGACAUGAUCAUUAGCGAUGUGUGGCAAAGUCUGAUUGUCGUUUCUUUGGGAGCGAUAAUAGGAUGCUUAAUCACGAUUUUUACUAUCGAUAAACUUGGUCGAAGGACUAUACAGAUGAAUGGUUUCUUUUGGUUAUUUAUUCUUUUCGUGGUUAUUGGAGGCUCGUUUGAACACUUGUAUGAGAAUGGUGGAAAUCCCGCGAUUGUUGUUCUUUAUAUUUUAUGUCAAAUCUUCUUUAAUUUUGGUAAGAGACGAACUCCAGAUGCAAUUGCGGAUCAUGGUAACUGACAAUCACAAACAGGCCCAAAUACGACGACGUAUAUUGUAAGUGGGAACCUUGCGCUUUACAAAAAGACUUCAGAACCUCUGCUAAUUGUAGUCAGAUACCCGCAGAAUUAUUCCCAACUCGUUACCGGGGCCUAUCACACGGAAUCUCGGCGGCCUUUGGAAAGCUCGGUUCAGUCAUCGCUCAAUUGUUUCUCGCAUACGUCGACUACGGACAUGGGGGCACCAAGAUAAACAAAGACACAAAGAUCCAAAUCUGGCUCCGAAACUCGUUACUAAUGUCCGUCCCCCUUCCCACUCACUCAACCCUCGUUCUCGACCCGAAUGUAGCUAACUUUCUUCUGCAGCUUCUCCAGCUUCAUGCUCCUUGGUCUCUUCGUGACAUGGAAAUGGAUCCCAGGACAGGAACACGGCCCAGAUGGGAAGGUGAAAACGCUCGAGCAGUGGGAAGUUGGACGGACUACCCCCAAUGGGUUUUCGCAAACUAAAACUGCGAGGGCGGUGAGGAGGGUUUGGAAGGUGGCUGCGGGGGUGAUUGAGCUUGUGUAUUUGUUUCUGGAUAAGCUUGCUGGAGGGGAUGAGAAGGAGGUUAGGGAGUUGGCUAGGAAGAGGGAGGUGGAGAUGAGGGAUUUUGGGGAAGGAGUAAAUGGGAUUGGAAAUGGAAAUAGAAAUAGAAAUGGUGAGUGUUAGUGGGGUUUGGAUUGGUUUGGUGGGUUUGGCGAAAUGGGGGUUUGUAUAUAG